ACCAAAAUUUAGAUUGUGGUUUUGUAACCUUUGAGACAGUUUUUAAUUGUAUUAAUGUGCUGCUAGUUGGUAAGAUUAUAGGUUUUCAAUCCCCUACUCUUAAAUUUCCAAAAAAAUUAGGGUGGUUUCCUUUUUGAUUUGUAAGUUCUGGAAGACGAAUUCUGGGUUUGUUCUACAAUUGAAAUCAUAUUCAUUUUGUUCUUUGGUGGAAAACAGGAUUACGUGCCAACUGUUUUCGACAAUUUCAGUGCAAAUUACUCUGCUGCCUCAUGCACGAAAGUUAGGGGAAUGAAUGUUGCUGGUCCGAUUUUGGUUGCCACAAUGCAGGAAAGUUAGGGGAAUGAAUGUUGCUGGUUCGAUUCCAAAAGAGCUAUGGACUCUGACCUUCUUAAACUAUCUGAAUUUGGGCUACAAUUUCUUGACAGGCUCUCUUUCACCCCCUACUUCACAUCAGACCAUGGGUCGUCCUCAACCUGGAUAUGGACUGCCUAGCAAUGCUUCAAGAAGGCUUGAUGAAACUAUGGCUACAGAAAUUGAGAGUUUGAGCUUGUCAAGCAUGGAGGCUAUGCAGAAUGUUCUGGAACUCCUACGUGACAUGCUACAGGCAGUAAAUCCUGGUGAUUCUGCGGCUGUAAAAGAUGAAGUAAUAGUUGAGCUUGCCAUUCUGUUCAGGCUGAUGCACGUUUAAGAGAAGAGCUCAAAAAAGGAAAGUGGCUAUGGGGGAUUCCCGAGACAUUUUGCAUCUUAGAAAAGGCCUCCUGAAAGCAGUUUUGGGUCAUCUUGAGUGGCAGGUCUGUUUCUUGUUUUGUUAUGCCCGGGAUGGUUUUGAAGGGGUUGAGACACACACACAAUAAUUUUUUUUUAUACAUAACUAGAGAAAUAUAUGACAAGCAGUCCUUUCCAAAAGAAAAUAAAAAUACUAUUAUAAGUCUCUUAAAUCCAUCAAUGUAAAGAUUAGAUGAAACACUGUGAGUUCCAUUAAUAAAGAAAUUGUAGUUUGGAGUUUUGAUUGUUUAAUGGUAGUUUAUGCUGGUCAUUCUGAUUUACAUAUUGGUUAAUGUAGAGGACGAGCUGGAAAAACUUCUUUGCUCAUCUGGGUCCUAGAUUUCUUGUCUCUAUUGCAUAUAGUCUAGUAAAGCAUGCCACCCUGUAUGCACCAGUUUUUUCUGGCUGCAUACUUGAUAUUUCUUUCUGUAUGUAAUGAAUUAGAUGCUACUAUGAAUGACAUUGAUCCAAGGUAUUUGUAU